CCGCCUCCAUCUCUCCUCGCGCUUCGAAGUCGCGAUAGCCUCUUCCUCUGCUCCGCGCCCCGACGAGUUCGAUCAGCUGAGGAAGCAAUUUCUGUUGAUCUGGGCGGCCGUCACCACGCAUUCGCCUUCUUGCUGCCGGAGGAAAGGGCUUCGCGGAACCCGGUUGUGCGACUAUGGGGGUGGAGUUGGCGAGCAACGACCUGCUAAUUUACGAGGCUGAGGACGGAUACCUCAGCGAUUCGGAGGCUUUUGCUUCCGUUAUACAUGUUCUUGAUGGCGUUCGGAUGGCUCCAGUUUUGGUUGCUCAGAGUGAUAGAGACCAGUAUGACUACCUACUUAGCAUUGUUGAUCCAGGCAAGAGAAUGGGCCCUGACGAGGAAGCUUUACUGGCGACAGUGCUGAAGGCGCUAUCAGGAGCUGUCUCCAAGAUAGACAUUAUGUAUCACGGUUCUCUGUUGAGCAAUAUUUUUGGUUUGUGCCUAUGGAACUAUGGGGUGGACGCCAGGAAUGCUUUGUUGGAAUUAAUUACUACUUUGGCUGCUGUACCUGACAAGUUUCUUGAUGCCUGUUUACAUAUGCUUGUGGUUAACUUUCUACCACCCCGAAGACUAAGGGAGUCCAUUAGUCAAUCACGAUGGCUCACAAGAAAGAAAGAAAUUCAUAAUGAGCUUCACAUGGCAUUGCAUUAUAUUACUGUUAUAAUACCUCUUGCUCCAAUGAAGCUGAGGAAUGUAAUUGACAAAAGAAUGCCAAGAUACACAGAUCCCAAAGAUGUGAUUGUAUUAUUUGUGGAAUGCAUGCUUGGGCUGGAGAAUGAUGAAGUUGGAGAAUUCCUUGGAAGUACAUUGUUGGCGAAGGUGGUGGAUUUGCUCGCAGAUUUGGAUGUAAAUAUAACUUGGGAGGACAUUCUUCAGGAAGAACAUAACAAGGGCAUAUUUGAAAUGGAACUUGAAGAUUGGGAUGAUGAUAUGGAUAAUGUUGCUAAAGCUGGCACAAAGCUUCCUAUGGAGAAUGGGGUUCUAAAGGGCAAUGCUUAUGCUGAUAAAUUGGAUGGUUUGAUGGUGAUAGUAUGUGAACACCUUAAAUUGCGCGCAGAUAGUGGCCAUUUAUUAAAUGUGUUUGAAACACUCUCAGAGAUCUUUCGAAUAGCCGUGCUAAAACUUCACAAGUCAAAAUUUGCUCAGUUCCUGAUGUUCUAUGCCUGCUCACUGGAUCCUGACAUUUGUGGACUGAAAUUUGCUGUUCUGCUCACAGAUAUUUUUGUUUCAAAACAUGAGGACCCAGAUUCCAGAAUGAAGGCUGUUUCAUAUCUUGCAAGUUAUCUUGCUCGGGCAAAGUUUAUUUCAUCUUCCCUUGUUGCAAGCAUACUUAAGAGAUUAGUGGAUUGGUGUUUUGAGUAUUGCCAAUACCAAGAUAGUCAGGAAAAAAAGAUCAAUCCUCAAGCUCACCGAAUCUUUUAUUCUGGAUGCCAGGCUGUGAUGUACAUUCUCUGCUUUCGCAUGAGAGCAAUCUUGGAUGUCUCUCACCUCAGGCAGCUGCUUUUCCAUAUGCCUUUGGUUUCAAUCUUGUGUCACCCCAAUUUGGAUCCUCUCAAGGUCUGUUUGCCUUCGAUUGUGCAAGAGUUCCUGAGACAGGCAAAGGCUGGUCGGUUAUUCAAGAUAUCAAUACCUUACCUUGAUGACAACUCACUUGAGUCUGAAUUCUCCAAGGCUUUUGGAGGGAUCGAGCGGUUGGACAUGUUCUUUCCAUUUGAUCCAUAUCUACUAAAAGAUUCCGACAGAUUUAUGCGGCCGAAUUUUGAGUUCUGGUCCAUGGUAAAGACAACUUACAGCAACUGCAACAGUGAAGGCGAGGAUGAGUUUGACGACCUCGACACCCCAGAUUUCCCCGAGAAUAACACCCAUGAUGAUCUGGACCUCGACAACAGGGACGAGCUCGAGUUUUCUAUGAACAAGAUGUCAAUCACUCCAAAUCCCAACUUCCAACAUCCAGUAAUCACCAACUUCGACCAGCCUUCACGGAUGCCUGCAAGGAUCAGACCAUCUGUGAGUCCCCCUUGGUAGCCCCACCAUUUAGUUCUCCAUCAAAAUAUAUACUCGGAAGGAUUCCAAGAAAGGUCAAAAUGAGAUAAGGCAGCAGCUUAGCUAAUAUCGGAUGGCUUCUUAUACUUCUACAUCGCUGUUGUAAUCCUAUUUUUGUUCUAAUUUUUUGUCGAUGCUUGGAUGCUGUGAAAUAGAACGACUGGUGCAAUUUUUGAUGCUCGAAAUAUUAUUCUUUGUGAAAUUAAUAAAAUGCUUUGUCAUAUUAA